AUGCGUAGCCUUAGGUACUUCUCUCUCGUAACAAAUUCCAUUACGGGCCUCAUGCCGAAUUUUUCAUUUGACAACACACCUUCACUGAGCUACAUAAUUAUGAUGAACAGUCUGUCUGGCCCAAUACCAUCUGGUAUUGGCUCCUUGCUCAUGCUCAAGUUUCUUUACUUGAAGUGGAACCAGCUCACUGGUCCAGUACCUCCUACCAUCUUCAACAUGUCGAGGAUUGUUGACAUACGUCUGGGGAACAACAAUCUAACAGAAAAUAUACCAGAAAAUAGAAGCUUUAGCCUCCCCAUGUUGCAACAAUUUGAUCUCUAUCAGAACAAAUUCGAGGGUCAAAUUCCAUUGGGCCUUGCAUCGUCCCAGCAUCUUCAGCUACUUUCCGUUGCUGCAAAUCUAUUUGUGGAUGUGGUGCCCGUAUGGCUGGCUAAGCUACCACAACUUACGCUGAUUUCUAUGGGUGACAAUGCCCUAGUUGGCCCGAUCCCGCCUGUGCUUGGAAAUCUCACCAUGCUCAACUUCCUUGACAUCUCGUACUCCAACAUAAGCGGAGAUAUUCCUGUGGAAUUGGGAGAACUGAGACAACUGACUUGGUUGCACCUUUCGGACAAUCAACUAACAGAGAAUCAUCUCCAAGGGGAUCUUGGUUUCUUGGCCAGCCUUUGCGAUUGUCGGCAACUUCAAACCCUUGCCAUAUCAAAUAAUCCUUUCUCUGGGAGUAUCCCCAGCUAUUUCGGUAACCUCUCGACUAACCUGGUAGUAGUUGAAGCAAAGAAUAACCAUUUGGUUGGUGGGAUUCCAGAAACACUAUCAAAUCUUAGUGGUCUUCGUCUGAUAAGCUUUUCCAACAACCAUCUUACCAAAGAAAUACCAGAAUCCAUCUCUAAGUUGGAGAAUCUCCAGGCACUUGAUCUCGCUGGAAAUAGAAUGGUUGGCCAAAUCCCUGUACAAAUUGGUAUGCUGAGAAAUAUUGUAGAGUUACAACUCUCGGACAAUAUGUUAUCUGGCUCCAUACCAUAUGCCAUGGACAACCUCACCAUUAACCUUAUCCAACUAGAUCUGUCACAUAAUUCCCUAACCGGUACAUUACCUUCUGAACUUAGCCAUAUGCAAAGUAUGGACGUGAUGGAUCUUUCUAGUAACCUCUUGGGUGGUAGCCUUCCAAGUUCAUUCGGACAGGUUGCCAUGUUAUUAACCUACCUAAAUCUUUCACACAGCUCAUUUAAGGGUUUAGUCCCAAACUCUUUCGGCCGCUUAACCAACUUAGAAACAUUGGACCUAUCGUCAAACAAUCUUUCAGGUACAAUACCAGAAUACCUCGUUAACUUCACCUACCUUUCUUCUCUGAACCUCUCCUUCAAUAGGUUAGAAGGGCAAAUACCAAAUGGAGGUGUUUUCUCAAACAUCACCUUGCAAUCUUUGAUGGGGAAUGUUGGGCUAUGUGGUGCUCCUCAUCUAGGACUGUCACCGUGUCCGCACAAGUCUCACUUGACUUAUAGUCGACACAUCCUCAAAUUUAUACUCCCGGUUGUCAUCAUUGGAGUUGGUGCAUUUGCAACCACCAUGUACCUAAUGGUCAGAAAGAAAAAUAAGAAACAAUCUUAUGGUACGGCUUCUACUAGCAUGACUGAUCUGAUCAGCCAUAGGUUAGUAUCCUACCAUGAGAUUGCUCGUGCCACUGAAAAUUUCAAUGAGGACAACCUACUUGGUACCGGUAGUUUUGGCAAAGUUUUCAAAGGCCAACUAGAUGAUGGUUUGGUGGUUGCAAUAAAAGUGCUCAAUAUGCAAGUCGAGCAGGCUGUGAGGAGUUUUGAUGCUGAAUGUCAAGUGUUGCGCAUGGCUCGGCAUCGCAACUUAAUACAAAUAUUAAAUGCGUGUUCCAGCCUGGAUUUCAAGGCACUGCUCCUUCAGUACAUGCCCAAUGGUAUCAUGGAGACACACUUGCACAAUGAAAUAAGGGAACCACUAAGAUUCAUCCAGAGAUUGGACAUUAUGCUUGGCGUGCCAGAGGCAAUGGAGUACCUGCACCAUCAUCAUUUCCAAGUUGUCUUGCACUGUGACCUGAAGCCUAGCAAUGUGUUGUUCGAUGACGACAUGACGGCGCAUGUUGCCGACUUUGGCAUUGCAAAGUUACUUCUACGUGAUGACAACUCCAUGGUUUCAGCAAGUAUGCCGGGGACAAUUGGGUACAUGGCCCCUGAGCUAGCAUUCAUGGGAAAGGCAUCACGAAAGACUGACAUGUUCAGCUUCGGGAUCAUGUUGCUUGAAGUCUUCACAGGGAAGAGGCCCACAAACGCUAUGUUCGUUGGAGAAUCUAGCCUUAGGCAGUGGGUUUCGCAAGCAUUUCCAGCAAAGCUCGUUGAUGUUUUGGAUGAGAAGCUACAGCAGGGUGAAGAAAUGAACCUUGCCUUCCAUCACCAAACAAUUAAUACUUCAUCGUCGUCAUCCUCCAUUUCCUGCAAUGGAAACUUUCUUGUGUCGAUAUUCCAGCUGGGUCUAGAGUGUUCGGACGAUUCUCCCAGUCAGAGGGCAAGCAUGAGCGACGUGGUCGUGAGGCUCAAAAACAUUAAAAAGGAUUACUCUGCUUUCAUGUUAUUUUAA